CACGUUUUUUCUUGACCUGGCAGUUAGUUAGUUUGUAGUGAAUUGUUUUUAGCGAAAACAGUAUGUAUUUGAUCAUUAGUUAUUUGAUCAUCUUUUAAUGUAUUUUUUAUAGUAGGUGGAAGCUAUUUGGCCAGUUGCGCGUGAUUUUUGUGCUCGCGGUUUAGUGAGUCGGAAGAGGUUAGGUGAUAGAAAUUCCUUACUGCGCAAUUUGCCACUAAAAUAUUGUAUUUCCUUUGAUAGUUUGAGUGACCGUUCGGUUGUUCCGGUUAGGUGUACCGGGUUGAGCUCAAUUAGAGCGGUAGGAAAGAAAAAGCCUUCAAAUAGCCGGUGAUAUCCGACGGUUUAGGGUUGCCAGAGCUAGAGCUUAGGGUAAACGGCGAAACUUAUUUUCGAGUUCGUUCGCAUACAACGUACUACGGAACAGUUUUUAUUUCCCACAAAUCUCGAAAAUAAAGCUGCAACGAGCAACCUAAACCUGGAACCGAUGAUGGAAGGCCCUACCGGAGAGCUGUUCAACUGCGUGACAUGUCGCCGCCCGGAUUCAGCGCAGAGCAUGGUCGCUUGUGACGAGUGUUCGCAAUGGCAACAUUAUGGAUGCGCCGGUGUUACGGCUACCAUAGCCGAUCGAAGCUGGCUCUGCUGCAGAUGCGUAGCUAGUCACAACGCAGUUAAUUCGACUCAAACCGGCAACAUAAACUCGCCCGAAGCACACACAACGUUUGCUUCAGCUCGCGCCGCUGAACGUCAUGAUAAUACCACCGGUCCAAUAAGAGGGAGACAGGACGAUCCAAAUUUCGGAAGACUUCAAUCCUCGUCUAAUUCGAAUGCCGGAUCAGUCGUCUCAGUCAAUGCUAUUGCUCAUCUUCGUUUAAGGCACCUGAAAGAGCAAAAGGAUUUGGAGGAUCAAAAAGCGGAACGGGAUCGCGAGUUUCUUGCUAGAAAGCAGCAGCUAGAAGCAGAAAUAGCUUUGGAAGAGCUCAAUGAAGGAUGUGAUCGUAGCGUAGGAGGAAAAAGUCAUCGAAGUAUCGCCGGUUGGGUGGAACAACAAUGCGGAUUCGUGCAUACUUCUACCCCAGUCCAGCAGAAACCCGAGACAGUGGCUCCAAGUGCGAACCCACAUCCCGCCAUCCAACAGCGAGAGGAGCGGCAAAGAAUGCAAGCAAUAAUUCAAUCAGGUCAACAGAUUCAACCAAGCACUGCGCCAAAACAAGCAGAGAUUCCAGUAAGAAAUCCUCCCCCAGCUAUAGCACCGGGCCCAAGGAGCAAUUAUCUUGAUUCGAAUCCACGUUUUCCGCCAGUGGCUCAGAAUCCAGUUCCACCUGUACCAGUGAAUCCGCUAACAUUGCCACCGCCGAGCUCGUCGCAGUUCCCUGGAUUUCCAGUGAUGAAUAACCCCUACGGGACGAUGUAUUUUCCAAAUAUUCCUGACAUGCCGUCAUCUGGUGCUGAUUAUCAGUUUGCGCACCCUCAGGGAGGAGUCUUUAUCAACAACCCAGUCAGGCAUCCGAACUUUGGUUUGAAUGUACAGCCGUGUGCUUGGCAAGCUUCCGAGCAGCACCCGCCUACAGUUCCACCAACAGUGUCAGCAGAUUUGGGUAAAGGAUUUCCUCAUGCUACAGGUCGCAUGAUUACGCCACAGCAACUGGCGGCGCGUCAAGUUGUCUCUAGAGACCUCCCCAAGUUUUCCGGGGACCCACUCGAGUGGCCCAUGUUCUUGAGUGCAUUUGAAUCGACAACGGCCAUGUGUGGCAUACAACCCGACGAGAACCUUGCUAGGCUACAGAAAAGUCUUGUUGGUAGCGCUCGCGAAAAGGUUCAGAAUAUUCUAACGCUGCCGGAUGCAAUCCCGGAAAUUAUCGACAUCCUACGAGCCGAGUGUGGAAGGCCAGACCAAAUUGUAUACUGUCUGCUAUCCAAGAUCCGGAAAACCGCUCAGCCGUCUGUGACGAAAUUGGAGACGCUUGUGACGUUCGGCAGAGAGGUACGCAACAUGGUGACGUACAUGCAGUCAGCGAAACUGAACACCCAUUUGGACAAUCCACUAUUGCUGGCAGAGCUUGUUGCUAAGCUUCCACCCGACUUGCAGCUACAAUGGGGUAUGAAGUUAGCAGCUCUUCCGGAACCAUCGCUUGGCGAUUUCUGUGCGUUUGUGUCGGCUUAUCGAACAGCGGCAUGCAAGGUGAAAUUGACGUCGGAUGUUGGUCUGAAUGAAAAAGCCACAAAAGGUGUUGUGAGAAAGGAGAAGCCAGUUUAUUUGAACGCACAUUCCGCCUCCGUGUCCUCAGCGCCUGGACCACCGGCUUCGAAAGUUACUCCGGUGCUAAAGCCGUGCCUGAUGUGCAAAAGUACAACGCACAGAGUCCGAACUUGUAAGCAGUUCGAAACGUUGCCGCUCGAAGAGAAGCUGAGGUUCAUCAGUGAAACGGAUAUGUGUAAGCGUUGUCUGGCGCCGCAUGGAAGGUGGCCUUGCCGAAACAAGCAGCCUUGCGGGAUCAAUGGAUGCCCUGAGCCCCACCAUAAACUGCUACAUCCAGGAAGUUGUUCGACUCUCAAGAGUCAAGGAUCGGAAUCUUCGGUAUCGGUAACUGCCCAUCAUCAACACCAGCAAGGCACCACUUUCUUCAAAAUACUUCCCGUGACUCUUCACGCGAACGGGAAGUCGGUGUCCACAUUUGCUUUUCUGGAUGACGGAUCCGACCUGACGCUGGUCGAAGACGAACUUAUCGACGAACUGGGCUUGGUGGGCGAAAGAAUUCCGCUUUGCUUGCAGUGGACUAGUAACGUCACGAGAAGUGAAAGUAACUCUCGUAAGGUCGAGAUAGGUAUCUCGGGUGCUUCGAACAAUCGCAUCCAUCAGCUGGCGAACGUAAGAACCGUUGAGAGCUUGGAAUUACCGAAGCAGAGCCUGGAUUAUGAGAGUCUCUCGAACCAAUUCCCCCAUCUGAGUGGACUUCCCAUCAGCAGCUACCGGACGGCCGUGCCACGAAUUCUUAUCGGUGUCGAUAAUGCCCAGCUCAACUUAGCUUUGAAGAAGAGGGAAAGAUCCGGAGGAGAACCUGUUGCUGCUAAAUUUCGCCUCGGAUGGGCAAUAUUCGGUGGAAGACGAGCACCUGAGACGAUAGGUAGUGCUUUUGUUCACGUCUGCGAGUGCUCCAAUAGCCGCGAGCUCCAUGAAAUGGUCCAGCAGUAUUUUGAAUUCGAAAACCUGGCGAUAUCCGGAUUGAAUCCGCCCGAAUCCGAUGAAGAUCGACGGGCCAGAAGAUUGCUCGAAGAGACGACAGUUCGUACACCAUCCGGAAAGUUCCAAACUGGAUUGCUUUGGAAAAGCGAUGAGCCGGUUUUUCCGAACAACUUUAGCAUGGCAGUACGUCGACACGGUUGUUUUGAAAGGCGCUUGCUGAAAGAUCCCGAACUGAAAACUAAUAUUGACAAGCAAAUCGACGAUUAUCUGCAGAAGGGGUACGUUCACAAAGCGACGUCAGACGAGCUCCGCAACAGUGACGACAGAAAGAUUUGGUACCUGCCAAUCAGCGCAGUGCGACAUCCACGCAAGCCAACGAAGGUGCGUGUAGUCUGGGAUGCUGCGGCAACGUAUGGAGGAACCUCUCUGAACUCCCAGCUUUUGAAAGGGCCGGAUUUGGUGAAGCCGCUUCUAUCUGUCCUCUGCCGAUUCCGACAGAAACAGUAUGCCAUCGCUGGGGACAUAAGGCAAAUGUUCCACCAGUUGAUUAUUCGUCCGGAAGAUAGGAACGCACAACGAUUUUUGUAUCGGGAAAAUCCAGAAGCUGCGCUCGACGUGUACAUAAUGGACGUCGCAACGUUCGGGGCAACAUGCUCCCCGUGUUCAGCAGUUUGCUAAGAA